GUAUGCUUUAUUUUGUCAACGUUUGAAGAGCAUUGAAGGAAAUGAAGGAGGCUUGGAAAAGUUUUCGCAAAGUUACCAAUCAUUUGGCAUCCACAUGAAUGAAGAUGGAGGAAUAUACUGUAAGGAAUGGGCUCCUGGUGCGAAAGCUCUUUUCCUUACUGGAGACUUCAAUGGAUGGAACCCUCAUUCACAUCCAUACAAAAAAAUGGAUUAUGGAAAAUGGGAACUUUACAUUCCACCUAAAGAAGAUAAUUCCACACCAAUAGCACAUGGUUCAAAGCUAAAG